UGUUGUCUGAACGAUUAUCAAACGAGAGUUCGCAGACGAGAGAGCAUUAGAAACUCGAGAAACCAUGUGCUCCUCGUUUGAUGAAGCUAAUGUUGACUUAAAUCUGUUUUAAUCAAGAUAUCUGUUACUAAAAAUUCCAUAAAAAACACCUAAAACAUAGGUUAUGCUUGAUAUUAAUGAGGUGCAAUAUAAACGUUAUUCAACAGUUAUACUGUCAUUUUAUAAUUGUUAACAUUGUAUUACUCAACCAAUACAUCAGCUUUUUGUUUAACUAAGAACUAAGAACAUAAAAAUAUAGUUUUGCCAUAUAUGUUUGUUAUUUGCUUUUCUCUACCUUGUAAUGUAUAGAGUACUUAAAAAAUAUUCUUUUACAUUAAGAUGAUUUGGAUCAAUUAUUUGAGUUAUUUAUGUGAUCAAAAUUUAUGUUAUACCUCAUACAAAAUAUCUAUAUAUUUUAUCAGUUAUUUUCUACAAAAAGUCUUGCAUAAAAUCCCAAGUAGCAUAUGUUCAUUUCAUAUACAUUUCCUAAACAUAACCAAUGUUUUCAUGUAUAUUUAGGAAACAUAUAUGAAACAAACAUAUGCUACCUGAGAUAUAUCUUACAUAAGAGAGAUAUUUUGAGUCAUACCGAAUAUUGCUGAUGCACUAGAAGAUAUAAUGCAAUUUUUUAUAUGACAUUUCAUCUAUAUUGCACAAUAAUUAUAACCUUUGAUUAGGUUUAUUGAAUACACUUGAAUAUUUAAUAAAUAUAUAAUCAUACUAUGAUAAUAUAUACAAGAUAAAUACUUAUUGUUGUAGAUUGUAAGGCAGUGAAAUAAUGAUAAUAAAACGUUGGCUGCUGUAAUGAGACAAACGCAUAAGCACUAUUCGGUACAUUUAUAGUGCUAUCGUUUGAGCAAUUGUGUUAUACUUAUUUCCUAGAUAACGCGAUAAUUACUCUAAUCACGCAGCCAAACAGUAAAAGUCAGCGGAUGCUUCAGCGUGGGCGAUUUCCCCCUCAUACUCUCGCCCCGCUCUCUUAUUCAAUCUAUUGUCGGUUAGCGCCGGUGGUCUCAGCCCUUCCUCCCCUCCCGACUACCACUACGCUGAUUUACUGUAUGCGUGUGGUGCGUAGCGCUAGUGCGUCCUGUUGAUGCUUAAAUGCUUACACAGUCGAAUGGUCGAGCGUCAUUCAGUAUUAGUCGGGUGCUCUCGAGAGCGGUGCUCUUUGCUUUUUUUCUCUCGCGACCAGCAGCACCAAUAUUUUUGUUUCACUCGUGUAGAUUGUGUUAUUCGUUUAUGCUGUAAUCUAGUCUGACCUAGUCGCAACCGAUUUUAUCAAAUCACAUUGUGAUUUCGAUAAUUAUCGUUUUUUUUUUAUUUUACGUACGAUGUCAUAUACACCGGAAACUCCACGUAAAAUGUAAAAUAUCUUGCCGCUGAAAGACCAAUGACGUGAAACAUACGCAUGAUUUUGGAGGUGGACUAACACCGGAAACAGGGAAAAAAACGAAUGUAGUGGAGGCGAGCGAGGCAAGCAAAUUGAAUGUUUGGAGAGUCGGAAGAAGUCUCGACGAAACGAAAUCUUUUAUUUGCUGCAUUGCGAGGAGAAGAAAGCGCAGUCGUCACGACUUAUUUUACAAAUGACGAAAUAACGUAGGACGAUCCGAAUCUGCUAUAUAUUGCUCUCGGUGUGACACAGUUGCGUCAACGAUUAAAAGAAGUUUCCGAGAAAGAAGAUCCUCAAGUAAUAUAACAAUAACAAUAUGUUUCGCUGCUUUAUCCAAAAUUACUUGUGAAGGUUGAAAUUUAUAGAAACUCUUUAUCAAGCAGCAGACGCGUGGAUGAAAAGUUCGGAGUAAGAGGAGUCUCCCUGUCUACCUUGACUCAAGUCAUUUGAACGAAAGAAGCAAGAGGACAACCUUCUCUCCUGUUUAAGAUCUCGGGUCAAGGUUUCGAGGUAAAAACUGGCCACGUGUAUUCGCAAGACCGGGCUGCUUUAAAUUGCUCGCUAACUAACACGUGUAGCACUCUCUGCGAAGUAUAACGUCAGAGAUAAAUCUGAGUUGUGUUCUGCGACGAUGCGUCUUUCGAAUCGCUCACAAGUCAUCAAAGUGAAAACUGUACAUUCGCUUAUGAAAUGAUAUAAAUUAGACGGCGAAUAAACAUACCGAAAAAAAAUGGACUCCUGCUUCCCGCAUUUGGCGAUAUUGAAUCCGCGGCAUGGGAAUAAGUCGAAAGACCGGCUAAAUGACGGAUGCAGUGUUGUAAAUACCGAAGAUACGCGAAUGCGAUCGAGGACCCCAACGCUCCCGGAAAAGAAUGACAUCUUUCAAGAUCUGGAUCUGUAUUACGUUCGGCAAAUCGCACGAAAUUCAAAGGAGCAUGAUCUCGAGCAAAAAAUCGAGGUGGAAAUCAAAAUGAGGGAAGGUUCAGCGAGACUAUUGGCGGCUGCGAAACAUCGCGCUCAGAGCUUGGAAGCCGCCAAAGCGCUGCUCACAUCCAACGAGAGGAUGUCAGUUUACAUGGCUGAAUUGCAAAGUCGCCGUCGCGAAUCUAUUAAAAAGUCAUGCAUUCCUGGAAGUACGGGCAAGUUAUCAAUUUCGGAUCUGAGAAUACCGCUGAUGUGGAGAGAUUCCGAUCAUUUUAAAAAUCGCGGAGAUUAUCGUCGAUUCGCUGUAUUUUGCUUGGCACGAUUGGGCACAGAAAUCCACGACACUUCGUUGCUGUGUCCCAUUGACAGAGCUCAUACAGAUAUCAGUUUUCCCGACGUUUUAAUAUUUAACAAUGUGCCUGCCGAGUUCGAAUUAGUCUUAGAAAUUUAUAGCCACGUUUUGCAAGAGGACUUGAGUAUCGCAAGUACGCCGAGAAGAAUAAAAAAAACGAUUCAUUCAUCGAUUUCAAAAACCGUUGGCAAAAAACUCGCCGCAUCGCUUCGUGACGAAUUUAGUUCCGCCAAAUCUGGACCACACUUCGAUCUAGUAGCGCGCGCAAAACUGACCUUAAAUGAUACGGAUGAUAACAUUCACACGCAUGACCUCGUCAUUAAUAAUAUCGAUAACAAGUAUCACUCUUUACCGCUUUUUGGCCACUUCUGCUGUCGACUGGCGGCACAGCCAGAGAGCAUUAACAAAGAAAUCUGCAUCGGCAAUGUCAAGAUAGACGGUCAACAUUACUGGGCAUGCCUGCAAGGAUUUUUCAUUAAAACUUGGGAAUCGAAAAAGCAUGCGGAAGAAGGUCAAAAUCCGGAGCACGUAAUAUCAAUUAAUAAAGGAACGUCCGUUCAAUUAUCCAAAUCCUCCGCCAAAGAACUUUUGAUAAAUAACCAUGGCGGGAGCACAGACAAACCAUUGUUGAUUAAAUUUGAAUCGAAGGAGGAAGCUCAAAAAUGGUUGAAGCUCAUAUUGGCACACAUUAACGACCAUUUGAGGUGGAAACACGCUGCAGAAGUUAUCCAAAGGGUGUCUAGCAUUGAAAGCACAAGAAAUUCUUUUAUCAGCAGUAAAAGACAGGGCUCAUUAUACGAUGAAACACCUUUAAUUGAAUCAAUUUCAUCGGAUUAUACGUCCACAAGACCUACUAUACAAACGAUUUUUGAUCUCACACCGAGUACUAGUCUAAGCAGUUGUAGUUCCACGAAUAGCCUAACAAGCCUGCGUUCACGUUCACUGAGUAUCAGCGGUGCAUUUAAACAAGGUGCUAUUACUUUAAAGCCCCAUUUUGCUUCCUCGAAUAAACACGCAUAACGAUUUCCCGAUUCUUUCUGAAGAAUCUGCAUAUCCGACAAGCGCGAGUUGAUAAGUAUACUAGAUAAAUCGCGAAGAUGGGUAUACUAAAAUUUUUCAAUUUUUUUAUAUCAAGCUUUUACAAUCUAAGAUUAAUUUACACAUUAAUUUGAAAUUAAAUGAGAGGAAAAAUGUAGAUUGUUCAAUUAACCGUUUCUUAUAUAUAACUAAUUAAAUAUUUAGGAAAAAUAUUAUUUUAGCUGAAAAUUGUAUAUUGGUAACGCACGCAAUUUGAUAAUUCAGUAUAAAAAAGCUUGUUGGAUGAAGGUAUAUAGUACAAAAGGUUUCGAUUAAAUAAUUUUUCAUUUUUUCUAUUUUUAUAAUGCAAAUCGCAUUUUGCUAAAAAA